GAGAGGAGCAGCGGCGGCGCCGGGCCGCGCUCGGAGACAGCGGGCGGAGGCGGGCGCGCUCCGCGGCCUCGUCCCGCCCUUCCUUCCAGCUCUCCCGCGCGCUCGGAAGUUGGUGGCGGGCGACGAAGAUGGCAGGAGCCGGGGCCCGGGCCGGCAUCCUCAGCGCAGCGGGGACCUGCUGAGCGGGGCCGCCGGGGACGCGCGCAGGGCGCCGAUGAACUGGGCGCGGGGCCGCGGGGCAGCGCAGCCAGCCGCCGGGAUGGACGCGUGCGCGCGGGGAGGGCGUGCCGCGGCGCCGGGCCGCGCGCUGUGAGCCCAGAUCCCGCCGAGGGCUCCGCCGACCACACCCUCGGCCCGCAGCCGCCGCGGCGCCGCCCCCCACCCCAGGCAGGGCGGCAGGAGGUGCACCCGGGGCGGCCGCCGAAGCAGGACCGUGCCAGCGGCCGGAGUCGCGGCGUCUGAAGCCCACGUGCGCCGCGGAGCCCGGAGUGAACGGAGCGCGUACCCCGCGCGUCUCCACGAGGAAAGGAUUUCGGUUUCAAAGAGAGGAAGGAAGGAAGGACAACUCCCAGCGUCCCCGUCCCGCCCUCCUCGCGCCGGGCCGGGCCGGGCCAUGCCCAGGAAGGCGGCGGCGGCCCUGCCGAAGGGACUUUCCGGGCGGCGCGGCGGCGAGGCUCGCGGGCUGUGAGUGCACCCCGCCCGGUUCAUGCGCCCUGCGAGCCCCUCAAGAGGCCGGACGCCGCAGCCCCUCGCCGUGCCCACGAGAGCCGCCUGGCGCCCCCGGCCCGCCGCGUUGGAUGGCAUGAUGCCGCGCGCACGGCGCCGAGGCGCGGGCCAUCAGAGACGCGGGCGCGGCGGCGGAAGCGGGGUCCCCAGCGGCAUGCCAGUGCCCCCCGGGCGCGAUGGCUAGCGGCAGCGCCGGGAGGCCCACCGGUGAGGCCGCGUCUCCGGCUCCCGCGGGCGCCGUUGGCGGGCGGAAGAAGCUGAUGUCCGUCUGUGACCACUGCAAGGGCAAGAUGCAGCUGGUGGCUGACCUGCUGCUGCUGUCCAGCGAGGCACGGCCAGUGCUUUUCGAGGGUCCUGCCUGCGCGGGCGCCGAGUCCUUCGAACAGUGCCGGGACACCAUCAUCGCGCGCACCAAGGGGCUCUCCAUCCUCACCCACGACGUCCAGAGCCAGCUCAACAUGGGCCGCUUCGGAGAGGCAGGGGACAGCCUGGCUGAGCUGGGUGACCUGGUGGUGUCACUGACCGAGUGCUCUGCGCAUGCUGCCUACCUUGCGGCUGUGGCUACACCGGGUGCACAACCGGCGCAGCCUGGUUUGGUGGACCGCUACCGCGUGACCCGCUGCCGGCACGAGGUGGAGCAGGGCUGCGCUGUGCUGCGGGCCACCCCGCUGGCUGACAUGACCCCGCAGCUGCUGCUGGAGGUGUCGCAGGGUCUGUCGCGCAACCUCAAGUUCCUGACAGACGCGUGUGCCCUGGCCAGUGACAAGUCUCGGGACCGCUUCUCACGCGAGCAGUUCAAGCUGGGCGUCAAGUGCAUGAGCACGUGCGCAUCGGCGCUGCUGGCCUGCGUGCGCGAGGUGAAGGUGGCACCCAGUGAGCUGGCUCGCAGCCGCUGCGCGCUCUUCAGCGGGCCACUGGUGCAGGCGGUGAGCGCGCUGGUGGGCUUCGCCACCGAGCCGCAGUUCCUGGGCCGAGCGGCUGCCGUGAGCGCCGAGGGCAAGGCGGUGCAGACCGCCAUCCUGGGUGGCGCCAUGAGCGUGGUGUCAGCUUGCGUGCUGCUGACCCAGUGCCUCAGGGAUCUGGCGCAGCACCCCGAUGGGGGCGCCAAGACGUCGGACCACAGGGAGAGGCUGAGGAGCUCGGCCUGCGCCGUGUCUGAAGGCUGCACCCUGCUAUCUCAGGCUUUAAGGGAGAGGUCUUCGCCCAGGACUUUACCGCCAGUGAAUUCCAAUUCUGUGAAUUAGCAUCCCCAUCCCUUAUUCCACCCCCAGGCUAAGGGAAGACACUUAAUCUCUGCCCCUCUCCAUUUAUACCAAAGAAAUCACAGGUGAACCCCGUCCCCCGCGUCCCAUGCUCAGUGCUCCAGAGUAAUCCCCUGGAAAGGCAAGACCAUCGGUGCCUGGCCCAAGCAUUCCUGAGUGUGGGUAAUGGUCGCGGUAUUACCCUUCAUCCCACCCCAGCCCAUCGACUAAAUUGAUAAGUAAUUGGGCAGGAAGGAGGUCAUGGGUUCAUUUUUUUUUUUUAAUUGAAAGAAAGGUUACCUCAGUUUUCACACCUUAGACAUGGAUGUAGCUACCUUUUGUAUGUCUUUUUUUUUUUUUUUAAAUUAGGAGUAUACUUGGUGUGGAAAGAGUAUGACUUUGCCAUGUGGUUUGCAAAUGGGGGGAAAGCUACUGUGAGCGUGUGUUUUAUUUUUAAUUUACACUAUAGAGUGAUUUUUUUUCCCCCAAUGUCAAGUUUUUACCUUGCAUGUACUGGAGUAUUUAUUUCAUCUAUUAAAAUGUUAUGUUUCUCA